CACAUCCUCAAAGAUCUUCAAAACAGAGCCACCCAGCACAAUGUCUCGGUUCCUGGACAUGGCGGAGUUUGGAGAAGCGGCUCGCUACCUCCGCCUCACCAACUUGGAACAGCUGGCUGCCAAGGCCCAUGCUUUUGACGGCACGAAGCGCAUUUGGAUGCCCGAUGAAACUGAAGCAUACACUGAAGUGGAGAUCAGAGAGCUGAGUGGAAACAAGACUACUGUGGAGACCAAAGACGGACGGUUUCUAAUAGUAAACGAAGACGACCUCCAGCCAAUGAACCCUUCUAAGUUCGACAUGAUAGAGGACAUGGCCAUGUUGACACACCUGAACGAAGCAUCUGUCCUCUUCAACCUGAGGAGGAGAUACAGCAUGUGGAUGAUCUAUACCUACUCUGGUCUGUUCUGUGUCACAGUCAAUCCAUACAAAUGGCUGCCGGUCUACACUCCUCAGGUGGUGACAGCCUACAAAGGGAGGCGCCGUGCAGAAAUGCCGCCCCACAUCUACGCCAUCGCUGACAAUGCUUACACUGACCUGCUGCAGAAUCGUGAGAACCAGUCAAUGCUCAUCACAGGUGAGUCAGGUGCCGGGAAAACGGUCAACACUAAGAGGGUGAUACAGUACUUUGCCACCAUCGCUGCUCUAGGAGAAAAUGUGAAAAAAAGAGGAUCUUUAGAGGAUCAGAUUAUUGAAGCUAAUCCAGCUAUGGAAGCAUUUGGGAAUGCCAAAACCAUCCGCAAUGACAACUCCUCCCGCUUUGGAAAGUUCAUCAGAAUUCACUUUGGCCCAACAGGGAAGCUGGCGUCUGCUGACAUCGACAUCUACCUUUUAGAAAAGUCAAGAGUUGUUUUCCAGCAACCAGGAGAGAGAAGCUACCACAUCUAUUACCAGAUUCUGUCCAAUCAUAAGCCAGAAUUACAAGACAUGCUGCUGGUGACCACCAACCCCUACGACUACCACUUCUGCUCUCAGGGUGUGACCACGGUGGAGGGCAUGAGUGACGGAGAGGAACUGAGGCUCACCGACCAUGCCAUGGACACGCUGGGCUUCACUCCAGAGGAGAAGUAUGGCUGCUACAAAAUUGUUGGAGCCAUCAUGCACUUCGGUAACAUGAAGUUCAAGAAGAAACAGAGAGAAGAGCAGGCCGAAGCGGACGGCACAGAGAGUGCAGAUAAGGCAGCUUACCUGAUGGGCAUCAGCUCUGCUGACCUGCUGAAAGGCCUGUUGAAUCCUCGAGUGAAAGUGGGAAAUGAGUUUAUUGUUAAAGGACAGACUGUAGAACAGGUGAACUAUGCAGUGGCCGCCCUGGCCAAAUCCACCUAUGACCGCAUGUUUAAGUGGCUGGUGAGUCGUAUCAACUCGUCCUUGUACACUUCUUUGCCUCGUCAGUACUUCAUCGGUGUCCUGGACAUUGCCGGCUUUGAGAUCUUUGAGUUCAAUAACUUUGAGCAACUGUGCAUCAACUACACCAAUGAGAAGCUGCAGCAGUUCUUUAACCACCACAUGUUCAUCCUGGAGCAGGAAGAGUACAAGGCUGAAGGCAUCGAGUGGACCUUCAUAGACUUUGGUUUGGACUUACAGGCCUGCAUAGACCUCAUAGAGAAACCAAUGGGUAUUCUAUCCAUCAUGGAGGAGGAAUGUAUGUUCCCCAAGGCCACAGACCACAGCUUUAAAACCAAACUUUACGACAACCAUCUUGGGAAGUCACCCAACUUCCAGCGGCCGCGUCUAGACAAGAAGCGCAAAUAUGAGACGCACUUUGAGUUGGUUCACUAUGCUGGAGUGGAAAAUCUUAAUAAGCUGAUGGCUAACCUUCGCAGCACUCAACCUCACUUUGUGCGCUGCAUAAUCCCCAAUGAGAGCAAGAUACCAGGUGUGAUGGAUCCCUUCCUGGUCCUCCAUCAGCUCAGGUGUAACGGGGUCCUCGAGGGGAUCAGGAUUUGCAGGAAGGGCUUUCCAAACCGCAUCCUGUACGCUGAUUUCAGACAGCGUUAUCGCAUCUUGAACCCUUUUGUGGUUCCAGAGGACUCAUUUGUGGACAACAGGAAGGCUGUGGAGAAACUGCUGGGCUCUCUAUACAUAGACCACAGCCAGUACAAGUUUGGACACACAAAGGUGUUCUUUAAGGCAAGUCUGUUGGGUCAGUUGGAGGACAUCAGGGACAACCGUCUGUCUGAGAUCCUCACCACCGUUCAGGCCAUAUGCAGAGGGAAGCUCAUGAGGAUGGAGCGACAGAAACUGAUGCUGCAAAGGGACGCAGCGAUGGUGAUCCAGUUUGCCGUCAGGGCAUUCUUCUCAGUGAGGACUUGGCCGUGGAUGAUAUUAUUCUUUAAGCUCCGCCCGCUGCUCAGGAGUGCCCAGGUAGAGAAGGAACUGGCCGCUCUGAACGAAGAGUUCAAGAAACUAAAAGAGGCCUACGACAGGUCGGAGGCGAAGCGGAAAGAGGCGGAGGAGCGGCAGGUGGCUUUGGUUCAGGAGAAAAAUGACCUGGCUCUUCAGCUUCAAGCAGAGCAGGACAACCUGAUGGAUGCUGAGGACCGCUGCAACCAGCUGAUUCAGUCUAAAAUCUCUCUGGAGUCAAAGCUGAAGGAGAUGCAGGAGCGCCUGGAGGAUGAGGAGGAGUUGACCGCCACGCUGACGUCCAAGAAGCGUCAGCUGGAGGACGAGGUGUUAUCGCUGAAGAGAGACGUGGAUGACCUGGAGAUGACCCUGGCUAAAGUGGAGAAAGAGAGACAUGGGGCUGAGAACAAGGUGAAGAACCUAUCACAGGAGAUGGCUGUUCUAGAUGAAUCCAUAGCAUCUCUGAGCAGAGAGAAGGCUGCCCUGCAGGAAGCUCACCAGCAGGCAUUGAAUGACCUCCAGGCGCAAGAGGACAAAGUCAACAUGCUGGCCAAGGCCAAAGCUCGACUGGAGCAGCAAGUGGACAGUUCAAAACUGGAGGAUGAGCAGAGUCUGGCUGCUCAGCUUCAUAAGAAGAUCAAAGAGCAUCAGACUCGUAUCGAGGAGCUGGAGGAGGCCCUGGAGGCGGAGCGGGCAUGGCGUUCCAAGGCGGAACGUCAGAGGAACGACAUUGCCAGAGAACUGGAGGAGCUGGGAGAGAAGCUGGAGGAGGCAGGAGGAGCCUCAGCGGCUCAGAUCGCCCUCAACAGGAAGCGAGAGGCAGAUUUCCUGAAGUUGCGGCGGGAGCUGGAGGAGGCGGGGCUUCACCACGAAGCAACAGCAGCCACCCUGAGGAAGAAGCACUCGGACAUGGUGACGGAGCUCAGCGAGCAGAUAGAUGCUCUGCAGAGAGUCAAACAGAAGCUGGAGAAGGAGAAGGCGGAGUUCCGGCUGGAGGCUGAUGACCUGGCUGCCAGCGUGGAGCAGCUCUCCAAGUCAAAGGAGAUUGUGGAUCUGACAGAUCAGAUCAGUCAGGAAGGGAAGACGAUCCAUGAGCUGGAGAGGAUGAAGAAGAUCCUCGAUGUGGAGAAGAGCAACAUUAGAGCUGCCUUGGAGGAAGCAGAGGGAACCUUGGAACAUGAGGAAAGCAAGAUCUUGAAAUAUCAGAUGGAGCUGGAGCAGAUAAGGACAGAGAUGGACCGAAAGAUUGCAGAGAAAGAGGAGGAGAUCGACAGCCUCAGGGGGAGCCAGCAGCGUUCCCUGGAGACUAUGCAGGCCAAUUUGGAGGCAGAAAUUCGUCAUCGUAGCGAGGCGGUUCGUCUGAGGAAGAAGAUGGAGUCUGACCUGAACGAGAUGGAGAUUCAGCUGGGAAACGCCAACAGGCAACAAGCAGAGAGCCAGAGGAUCAUGAGACACCUGCAGAUACAGGUUAAAGAGCAGCAGGUGGAGCUGCAAGAAAAAGUCCAGCUGACCAAUCAGCUCAGAGAGCAAAUCGCCCUCCUGGAGCGGCGGUGUUCGCUGAUGUCAGCGGAGGAGGAGGAGCUGCGGGGGGUCCUGGAACAGACUGACCGCACCCGCAAGAUGGCCGAGCACGAGCUGGUGGAGGUGUCAGAGAGGGUUAACCUGCUCGCUGCAAAGAACACGGGCCUCAUGAACAUGAAGAAGAAGCUGGAGGCUGAUCUGUCGGUGCUGACCGGAGAGGUGGACGAGGCGAUGCAGGAGAGUCACAAUGCUGAGGAGAAGGCCAAGAAGGCCAUCAGUGAUGCGGCCAUGAUGGCGGAGGAGCUGAAGAAGGAGCAGGACAGCAGCACUAUGCUGGAGAGAAUGAAGAAGAAUAUGGAGUCUACUGUAAAAGAACUGCAGGUGAAACUGGAUGAAACGGAGCAGAUGGCUCUGAAGGGAGGAAAGAAACAACUCCACAAACUGGAGACAACAGUGAGGACGCUGCAGACGGAGCUGACUGUGGAGCAGAAGAAGAGCGAGGAGUAUCAGAAGGGGGUUCGACGCUACGAGAGGAAAGUGAAGGAGCUGACGUACCAGUCGGAAGAGGACAAAAAGACUUUGCUCAGGAUGCAGGAGCUGAUAGAAAGGCUGCAGGCCAAAGUGAAGAGCUACAAGAGACAAGCUGAGAACGCUGAGGAGCAGGUGAGCUGCAGUACCAUACGUUUCCGCAAAGUCCAACACGACCUGGACGAAGCCGAGGAGAGAGCAGAUAUCGCUGAGACGACCGUCAACAAGCUGAGGAUUCGAACUCGCGAACAGACCAGCAAGGUCGCCAUGAUCACUGAAUGAAGCUCUGCAGCAUCUCCAUCACCGAUUAACUGUGUUGUUUGUUACCUGCUGUGUGUUUUUAUCCAGUGUGUUUGUACAUCUGCAUCUACUGUACGACAAUACGUUUUUUCAAUGAAAAGUAAUAUAACCUGGUUUGAAAGGGAAGCGUUGAGGGCGGCGAGAACAUACGAGCGAUCAGCUGUGUGUAAGCCCAGAG